UGUAAGUAAUACUGAAAUGAAUAAAACGUAAUAAUUCUAGGAUAAUAUUACAGUGAAAAGUUACAAUAAGUACUGAAUAACACGAAACUUGAGUUGCAAGGAAGAUAAAAUAGCAUCAUAAGAAAUUGCGACGAACUUUGAAGCAACAUUUGAAUCAAAAUCUUUCGUAUAAAAAAAAAAUUAAAGCGACGAUCGAACAACAUACGAUACAAUUGCACCAUAUUGCACAAUGAAGUUUAAUAAAAAUAUCUUUAAAAUAAUUCAAUUUAUAAUACUUAACAAAUACAUCGAAAAAAAAUAUUUUCAAUUCCAAUUAAAUAUAUUACAUAAUAUCCGUGUGUACAAGCCAAGAAACGAAUGGAAACGAAUCGAUAAUGGUAAACAGUCUCCAUAUAUUAUGCAUCUGAUAAAAUAAACGGUCUCGCGUGACUUCCGGCUCGAUUGUACUGUACAAGAGCUCUUAUACAAGUAGAAACAACGUUUAGACUGACUUACAGAAUGGCUGAAAACAAAUAGAUAUGCGGCAAACCAAAUUAUUUACGUAAUAUGUUGAAAUAUUUAUCGAGAAAAGACUACGUAUGCAGAGUUAAGAAUAUAUUUCGCCCAUUUUGCCGCAAAACCGAUGAUGAUACCGUUUGAGGAUGAAUUUCAAGCUCGUUUAAGAGGGUUGAGCUUGCUGGAAGGAUUAGUCUCGCGAGGGUCGAAGUUUGUUUGGGUUUGGCGGCUUGUACAAAAGGGAAGGAGGUGGUAAAGGAGUUGUUGCAUUGUAUCGUGAGAUUCCGAUACGUCGAUACAGAUGUUUUGGUUCGUGCAAGACAACCAACUAUGAUCAAAGGAUUAAGCGAGGAAAUUAUAUCGAAAGUGAAUUUGUUGUCAGCUUAAACGAAUCAUUGGUUUGAAUGGAGAUUUUUUAAAAUUAGUAUAGCGAUAUUUAUGAAAAUUAUUGCACGAUGAAAUUCACUAAUGUUGUUUAAGACGAUUGAAUUAAAUAAAAUUUAAAAAAGAUCACGGAAGUCUCGGUCGACGUAGUCAUGUAAAUUCAGUGGUCCACAAGAGCACAGUGGCGGCUGAUCUCCUCUUCAGACUCGGGUAGCCGAACGGUUAGUUAAACGGCCGGGUCCCAGAAUACGGCCUGGUCUAACAGGAAGCUCGUCGCGCCUCCAACCGCGAAGGAUCGGGUGAUGAGCUCAGGAUACCAGGCGACCGGCCCCAUCACAACAUGUUCCGUUCCAAGAUUCGCAUUCACACGUGUCAAGUGAUACUGCUCACGUCCCUGGUAUGGUUCCUGGUGGACGUGAUGGUGCUGAUGCUCUAUUCGGAUUGCAUCGGAGGAUCCGGAUGGGGUUGCACGGAGAACGGGAAGCAGCAACAAUCUCUCACCGAGGAAAGUUUGCCCCAUUCGAAGAUUGAUUUAAAAGAAGAGGAACAGAUCCAGCCGGUUGGCCAGCAGAGUAGUAAGAAACGGUACAAACAACCGGAACUGCAUUUGUGGAGGCCAGCUAGGGUAGUUAGGGAUAACAAAGGGAUACCCGGCGAGAUGGGCGCGGCGGUGCACAUCUCGCCGGAAGAUGAAGCAAGGCAGCAGGAGCUCUUUAAAUUGAAUCAGUUCAAUUUGAUGGCGAGCGACAUGAUAUCGUUGAAUCGGUCCCUCAAGGACAUAAGGUUGGACGGAUGCAAGACGAAGAAGUACAGCAAGUACCUGCCGGAUACUAGUAUCGUGAUAGUAUUCCACAACGAAGCGUGGAGCACCCUGUUGAGGACCGUUUGGUCUGUCAUUAAUCGGUCUCCGCGCACGUUGCUCAAGGAGAUCAUAUUGGUAGAUGAUAAGAGCGAGCAAGAUCACUUGAAGCAAGACCUAGAGGACUAUGUAAAAACGUUACCAGUCCCUACAUAUGUAUACCGUACUGAGAAGAGAUCGGGUCUAAUCAGAGCCAGACUGCUUGGGGCGAAACAUGUGAAGGGGCAAGUUAUAACGUUUUUGGACGCUCAUUGCGAAUGCACAGAGGGUUGGCUGGAACCUUUGUUGUCUAGAAUCGCUGAAGACAGAACCACUGUUGUCUGUCCCAUCAUUGAUGUGAUUAGCGAUGAUACUUUCGAGUACAUUCCAGCCAGCGAUAUGACGUGGGGUGGUUUCAAUUGGAAACUGAAUUUUAGAUGGUAUAGAGUGGCGCAAAGAGAAAUGGACAGAAGAUUAGGAGAUAGGACAGCUCCUCUAAGAACACCAACAAUGGCCGGCGGAUUAUUUUCUAUUGACAAAGAGUAUUUUUAUGAAUUGGGAGCGUACGACGAGGGCAUGGAUAUUUGGGGCGGUGAAAACCUCGAAAUGAGCUUCCGGGUAUGGCAAUGCGGUGGGACGUUAGAAAUCAGUCCAUGUUCUCAUGUUGGACAUGUGUUCCGAGACAAGAGUCCGUAUACAUUCCCUGGUGGUGUCAGCAAAGUAGUUCUACACAAUGCGGCUAGGGUGGCCGAAGUCUGGAUGGAUGAGUGGAGAGAUUUUUACUAUGCCAUGAAUCCAGGAGCUCGAAAUGUAGCUGUUGGAGAUGUAUCUGAAAGAAUUAAGUUAAGAGAACGUCUUAAAUGUAAAAGCUUUAGAUGGUACUUGGAAAAUAUUUAUCCUGAAUCUCCAAUGCCACUGGAUUAUUAUUAUUUGGGUGAUGUACAAAAUGUUGACACACAAACUUGUUUGGAUACAAUGGGUAGAAGAACAGGUGAAAAUGUUGGAAUUAGUUAUUGUCAUGGAUUAGGUGGUAAUCAAGUGUUUGCUUAUACUAAACGACAGCAAAUUAUGUCUGAUGAUAUGUGCCUUGAUGCAGCUAGUCCCCAAGGUCCUGUCAAAAUAGUACGAUGUCAUGGUAUGGGUGGAAAUCAAGCAUGGGUUUAUAAUGAAGAGACGAAAAUGAUUAAACACACUAAUAUAGGACACUGUUUAUCGAAGCCUCGUUCGAACGAUGCAAUGCAACCUGUUUUAGCACCUUGUGAUCCGCAUAACAUUGGUCAAAAAUGGACCAUGCGUAGUAAAUUCAAAUGGCAAGCCAGCUAAUAUGAGGUGUUUCUAAGUGCAACAUUUAUAUGUAAUACUUGUUGAUCUAUUUAAUAUUAAUUCAAGAACUGAUAUUCAAGAAACUUCCGUAUUUUGAGGAACCAAGGAAAAGACUAGUAUUAUACUCCGUAAACAAUACAGUAUCAUGUUUUGUCGACUUAUAAAUAUCAGCGGAGUUAAUAGUGAUUGUAAACGAAAAACUGAGAGAUUGAAGUUAAUGCUUUUUAGUUACAUAGGAUUUAUUUACUGUUACUAGCAGUAUUGUGUAUUUACUGCCAUUUUUCAUGGUAUGCCUUGAUUAAUAAUGCACAAGUGUUAAAAGAAAAAAACUAUUCCAAUUGUGCGUGCGUACAAGUGAUACGAAAAGAGACGUAUAUGAACAUUCUUUUUUUAUUUUUUUUUUAAAGUAAACAGUAAAGAGGAAAGCAUAUCAGACCACUGUUAUAAAUAAAUAAUUGUUAAUACAAAAAAAAGAGACAUAUUUGAUAAUAUGGGAUGAGUGCAAUGCUGGAUGACUGGAAGAUAUAUCAGUGCAUUGAAACACAGAUAUAUUAAUGAUAUAAAUGUAAUACAUUACCAUAGAGAGUGAAUGUUGAAUUGCAAGUGGUAUUAUUGUGACAUUAUCGAUUACGAUUUAGAACUUGUAUUGUACAAUUUUUGUAGCAAUUAGGGAAGAGCACUGAAUCUUUUUAUACUGAUAUUUCUAACAGUUCCUUGUUGCAUCUCGUUCAUAUGAUUUAGUUGUUAUUUUCUUUUUAUUCGUUUAAAUGGAUGAAUGUACUUAUACCUGGAUUCGCCAUAGCAAUAUGAGAUUAACAAAAUAUCGUUUAAGCAUAUAAGAAAACUAUCGACUGUUAUUCACUGUACUGUUAUAUUUUAAAUAUUUUCUUAAAUUCAAGACAAAAAAUGUCUUCCGUAUUUUCUUAACAAAAAAAAAAGCUAAAAGAUAUUUUUAUGAUAUUCCUAGUAUCUUAUAUAGUUAUAAUUCUUCAUAGAUUCAGGCCCUUUUUGCUUUUUACACAUUUGAAGCGUGUCGAAAAUAUAGAGUGCAAUAUCCUUGUUAAAUAAGAAACUAUGGAAACAACUUCCUAAUGUAACUAAUGUAAAAAUAAUUAUAUAAUGUAAUAAUUGUUAUCAGAUUCUGGCGCCCUUCCCUUACAUCAUUAUAAAUUAAGAUUAAAUAUCUUUCAUAUUUCAAAAAAAAAAAAAAAA